AUGGUUUCCUUUUCACAAGCACUCUACCUCCUAUCUCACCCCCAGGAGCUCCGAUCAAUCAUUCAAUGGAAAGUAUGGCACGAGCCUGUACAUGCUAGAAAUACAGAAAAUGAAACAGAGACUGAAAAGAAAUGCUAUCAUUUCCUCAAACUUACCAGCCGCAGUUUCAGUGCGGUCAUUAUGGAGCUACAUCCCGAGUUACUCCUUCCAGUCUGCCUAUUCUACCUGAUUCUUCGUGGUCUAGAUACUAUCGAAGACGACACAUCAAUAUCUUUAAAAGUCAAGGAGCCACUUCUCCGUGACUUCCAGAACUUCUUGGAGAUCGAUGGGUGGACUUUCGAUGGCAAUCGCCCUGAAGAGAAGGACCGUGAACUGCUGGUUCAGUUUCAUAAUGUCAUAACCGAGUUCAAAAAAAUAAAACCAGCCUAUAAGAUCAUUAUCAAGGAUAUUACAAACCGAAUGGGCAAUGGAAUGGCUGACUACUGUCGCAAAGCCGAAGUUGACACAGUAAAUAUUGAGACUGUCGAAGAUUACGACCUCUACUGCUGGUAUGUUGCUGGCCUCGUUGGCGAGGGUUUAACAAGGCUGUUCGUAGAAGCUGGGUUUGCACGCCCGCAGCUUCUCGAACGCCCUGAACUCUACAAAUCUAUGGGUCUAUUACUUCAAAAAACCAAUAUUAUUCGCGAUGUCCGAGAAGAUGAGGAUGAUAACCGCCGCUUCUGGCCCAAGGAAAUCUGGUCCAACCAUGUCGACAAAUGGGAAGAUCUUUUCAAACUUGAGAAUCGUGAAGCGGCUCUCAACUGUGGGUCGGAGAUGGUGCUCAACGCACUCGGCCACGUUGAAGAUUGCCUUUAUUACCUCGCUGGUCUAAAAGAACAGAGUGUCUUUAACUUCUGUGCCAUCCCUCAAUCUAUGGCGAUUGCUACUCUUGAACUAUGUCUUCGAAACUCCACCAUGUUUGACCGUAAUAUCAAAAUCACAAAAGGCCAAGCAUGUCAACUAAUGUGGCAGUCAACACAAAAUGUCCGUGUUCUUUGUGAUAUUUUUCGGCAAUACGCCCGGGCGAUUCAUAAAAAGAAUACACCCAAAGACCCAAAUUUCCUCAAGAUCAGUAUGGCUUGUGGGAAGAUCGAAAAAUUUAUCGAGUCAAUAUUUCCAUCGCAGUCCGCUGAAGACGCCCAACGGAGACUCGAUAAUAAACAGAGUCCUGAAGACGCAGAAAAAGCCGCACAGGCCGCCGAAGCCAGACGGGAUACCCUAAUUAUUGUCUCCAUACUUUUUGGCAUAUUAGUAAUUGCCUCUGGAUUGAUGUUUGGCGUUGCUUGGAUGCUAGGUGCUCGAUUUGACAUAGCCUUAGAGGAGCUCAAGAAGGGCAACUUUCGCCCCCCUGGGCCGCGCUUGACGCAUGGGGAGCUGUAA